GCUCGCCCGGGGCCGCCCCGGGGAGGGCGCAGUGGGGCCGGGCCGGGCCGGGCCGGGCCGAGCCGAGGCAAGGCGCAGCGGGAUGGAGGGGGGCGAGGCGGCCAGCCUGCUGGGGGAGCGCAGCCCGGGCCGGCCGGCCCAGCUCAAGACCUACCGGCGGCGCUGGUUCCUGCUGGCCGUGGUGUGCCUGCUCAACUGCUCCAACGCCAUGCUGUGGCUGACGUUUGCUCCUGUGGCUGAUAAGACAGCUUCCUACUUCCACAUUUCCCUGGAGACAGUCAACUGGCUCUCACUCGUGUACCUUCUCAUCUCGAUCCCAUUUGGGCUGGUGGCGACAUGGGUCCUCGACAGCGUGGGGCUCAGAUGGGCUGUGACCCUGAGUGCAUGGCUGAACAUGACAGGUAGCAUCAUCCGGAUGUUCAGCGUCCUGAAGUUCCUGAGUCUGGGCUCCCAGAGUUACUGGUACCUGUUUGUUGGACAAUGCCUCUGUGCGCUGGCACAGCCCCUUGUCAUCUUUUCACCAACAAAACUGGCAGCACUAUGGUUCCCGGACCACCAGAGAGCAACAGCAAACAUGGUCGCAUCAAUGUCCAAUCCCUUGGGUAUUCUCAUAGCAAACGUGCUGUCACCUGCACUAGUUCCAGAAGGAAAGCACAUUCCACUGAUGCUGGGUGUUUAUGCCAUCCCAGCAGUAACAGCCUGUGCUCUAGCAACCACUGGGAUUCACGAGAAGGUUCCUCCAACACCUCCUUCUGCCAGUGCCACUAACUCCACCUCCCAGCCAUUCCUCACAGGGCUUAAAAUGCUCCUGAGAAACAAGUCAUACAUCAUCCUGGCUGUGUGCUUUGGAGGAGGAAUUGGGAUGUUCACCUGCUUUUCAUCUCUGCUGGAACAGAUCCUCUGCGAAAAAGGAUAUUCAAAUGUAUUUGCUGGCCUGAAUGGUGCACUGUUCACCAUGUGCGGUUUGCUGGGUGCCUUCCUACUAGGACUGUAUGUUGACCGAACAAGGAGGUUUAUAGAGUCCACCAAGAUCUGUUUCUGUCUGAGUGCACUUGCUAGCAUCGUGUUUGCAGUGGCGUCUCGGUUCAGACACCAGGCCAUAACGCUGGCCAUAGCCAGCUCGCUGUUUGGGUUCUUCGGUUUUGCCAUCUACCCCGUUGCCAUGGAGCUGGCUGUGGAGUGCUCCUACCCUGUGGGAGAGGGCACAUCUACAGGCCUGAUUUUUGUUGCAAGCCAGGUCCAAGGUGUGAUUUUAAUGAUUCUGCUGCAAGCCCUCACCGUGCGGGUUUCUGAGGACCCAUCCUCCGCCUGUGCCCUCAACCAAGACGGAGCCCUGGACUGGACCAUCCCAACACUGCUGCUGGCUGGGCUCUGCAGUGCCAUGGCUUGCUUCUACGUCAUCUUCUUCAACACUGACUACAAGCGGCUCCAUGCUGAGGCAAACAGUGGCACUUUGGUCAGUGCAGAAGAUACGGCGGCAGCAGCUGCUCCUGAAGCCUAACCAGGCUGAAAAGGGCACACCAACGGCCGGUUAAGGAAGGAGUCAGGUCUGCGGGCAGGGGCUGUGACUGUGAGUGCUCACCUGAAAUGCUGGGAUGUCUGGGUCCUGUUAUACAACAGGCAGCCUGGAUUUCACAAGAAAAGGGCCAGAGCAGAGCUACUGGGGUGCCCUUCCUGAGCUUCCCCAACUCUUGUAUUUAUUUCUCAGGCUGGGGUGUAGGGUACAGGGUGGUUGUGCUGCCAGAAAGGUCAGAGGGGGUUGGACAACUGCAGAGGUACAACAGGUAUUUUCAGCUGUCUUGAUUCAAGCUAAAGGAAUGUUGCAGAGAAGAGGAGCAUCACAUAUUUCAGCCAUUUUUUUGUUUUCAUGUGCUUGGACCUGGGGUGAAGCUCUCAGAGGGGUGGAAGCCAUGCCUAUCACAAAGCUGUCAGAAAAUUAGCUUGCAAGUACUGUGGUUCUUGUAUAGCUUGACACUCUCCCCCCCCCCUCUAACCUGGAGCUAGUUGUGCCUCUUGCUUGGCUAAAGGGUGGUAGGAGCUAGAGCAUCUUUCUGUUGCAGGACGGAGGGCACAGGCAUGUCAUCUGUAGUAUGAGUCUGUUCCGAUGAGCCACAUUGCGCUCUCCUACAGAUGGCAAAAGGAAAGCUCUGCCUGCAGGGCCGACCAUGAAAGAGGAAAUCAGUAAGCAGCGGAUGCUAAAUGUGGCAGCCUUGCUUGCCGUUUCUAGUCCCUUGCCAAAUGUCAAGACAUCCAGGAUCAGUUUGUUUUGCCUUGUGCUCCUGUUGUCUCACCAUCUCUCCUGCUGUUCCAAUGGUUCAGAUUUUCCACGGGAGGAUGAACCUGCCACUGUAAGAUCAAAGCUGUGUACCCUCCCCAGACCAAGAUUUGUGCUCUUCUACAGGGGAACACUGAGAGGGCAGCUUACUUUCUGGAAAAUGACACAGCAGUGCCUUGGGGGGAAGGUGGCAAGAAAACAGGCAAAGGUGACCACAUAACGAGUGCAGGGAGUCUUCACAAGUUUCUGCGAAUGAUACGAGUGGUUUUGAGGAAGGCCAAGUAAGGAGCACAGGCAUCUUCCAGAUCCCGCUGCAAUUGACAGCUGUCCUUCAGUGUUUGAAGAGAUGGGCAGAUGCACAAAAGGUCCCCUUUGGAGUUCAGUUACCACAAUUGCAAGGGGUACAAGUGAGCUUUUCUGCCUUCUACAAACAGCUAUACUUGCACUGCAAUCCACUGUCCUGCUUCGUUAUUCACGUCUAGGUAUACAGCCUGAGCACUUGUACUCCUAUGGCAUUUCUGUGCUAGAAGAAAUAAGGCAGGUUGGGCUGGGUGAGGCUUUGUAUCAUGAGUUUGCAAGGAGGUCUCAGCACUUUUGUUAAUCAAGGGAAAUUGUUGCAAAUUUGAGCUCUGAAGAUGAAGUGACUACCUUUCUCCAGUCUAGCUAGAGCACUACGCAAAGCAAAGGAUGCACUUCUCCUGGGGAACACCGUGCAGGGGAGCUCUCUCACCACCUGGAGUCUCCUUUCCAUCUGCAACUAGAAAGCUCUCGCUCUGGAAGACACCGAGCUGCAUCCAGAAAGAGCUUGCUAGUUCCUACAGCUGCAGCCCUGCUGUCACCAGUAAUCACUAACUUCUAUCAAAAGGAGCAGGAAGGAAGAUGAGUUCAAACCAAAUGAACGUGGACAUGUCAGAGGAGUUGGAUUCGCUGACUUUUUCAAAACUAACUUGUCAGUUCUGCAACCCUGGACCUCAUAUACUGAACAGAUUAACACCAACUUUACCUGUCACUCCUGAGUCCCGCUGUACUGGGAAGCAAGAAGCACUUGGUGCUUGAUGAUUUUAUGUCUUUACAGACACUCCUGUCUUUUGAAUAAAGGGCAGUUUAAGGAAA